CAAAGGCCUCGGUCUGUAUUCUAUCAAAAUGCAUGAAAUGUUAAUUUUAUUUUUACAUUUUAGUUUAUUUUUAAAGGACUCUUCUGUCAAACCAUUUAAAAGCCGAUUGCACAAAACAUCAAGAUUCCGUACGAUUGCCAUCCCUAAUUACCACAUUCGCGAGAAACUGCAGCACCUCGGACAAUUCCACACCCGCCCCGCCCUCAGGGAAUGAUUGACAUCUGGGCAUCCGAUAUCUCGCCGAGCGGCACCGGCUCCAUCCAAUCAGCUGAGGAUCUGGGACUUGCAGUCGUUGCCCGUGGAUACAACAGGGGGAGCUUCAAAGCGGUUGUUUACAGUUGAGAGCGGCAGUCUGACUGGAGGACUCUGGCUGGACGGAGGCAUCGGCGAAUCUCCUGCAGAUGGGCUAAGGGCGAACCAUCUGGGAAGCGCAUGGACAGUAGUUAUCACCAGCGCACCUAAAGAAAAAAAGCAAACUCCACGUUACCUUCUAGAUGCUCACCGGCCGCUGAUACAACCUCUGGGUUAUUUUCUUUACGACUGGUGCGCAUCUCGUCUGGCUUGCUUUAGGACAACAGCAGGAUCUUACGUUUCUCCUCUUACAACUGACAAGCUUUUUGUCGGACAAAACGCGCUGGGCGAGAUGGAUAACGAAAAGUACUUGCCAGAACUGAUGGCGGAGAAGGAUUCUCUGGACCCGUCCUUCCAGCACUCGUUGCGGCUUCUCGAUCAAGAAAUCGAAAAGGUUCAGAAAGAUGAAGACAAAGAGGACGAGAAGUUCAUCGAUGUGGUCAUCAACAAGAACAUGAAACUUGGACAGAAGGUUUUGAUUCCUGUGAAACAGUUUCCCAAAUUUAAUUUUGUGGGUAAACUCCUGGGCCCUCGAGGGAACUCAUUAAAGAGACUGCAGGAGGACACGCUGACCAAGAUGUCCAUCCUCGGCAAGGGAUCCAUGAGAGACAAAGAAAAGGAAGAAGAACUGCGAAAGAGCGGAGAGGCAAAGUAUCACCACCUUAACGAAGAUCUUCACGUGCUGAUCGAGGUGUUCGCGCCGCCCGCUGAAGCGUACGCGAGAAUGGGUCACGCUCUGGAGGAGAUCAAAAAAUUCCUCAUUCCGGACUACAAUGACGAGAUCAGACAGGCUCAGCUACAGGAGCUGACGUAUCUGAACGGCGGCUCGGAGGACGCCAAAGUCCCGGCGGCCAGAGGAAAGAGCAGCACACGAAGCAGAGGAACGCCAGCGCCGGGACCGCACAGGUGUAGAGGGGGGGUUCCUCCUCCUCAGGCCGCAGUCCCGCGGUGGGUGGCGCCCAGAGGAGCUCCGCCCAGCAGGGUUCCGUCCAGUAGAGUAAGGGGCGUUCCCUCACAGAGAGCACGAGGAGCUCCGCCCCCACCCGGCUACAGACCUCCCCCUCCGGUGGUGCAGGAUACCUACGGUGAAUAUGAAUAUGAUGAUGGAUAUGGAACAGCCUACGAUGACCAGGGAUAUGACUCAUAUGAUAACAACUACAACAAUCAGGCACCAAAUUCAGAUGAUUAUUAUGAAUACAGCCAUGGUAUCAGCGGAGAAUCGUAUGACACUUACGGCCCGGAGGAAUGGACAAACAAUCGCAACAAGGCGCCACCAGCAAGGACAAGCAAAGGAGUGUACAGAGAGCAGCCGUACUCCCGGUUCUGACCUGCUACAGUCCUUCAUGUGCCCUCCCAAGUAAUGGAUUUUCUAUGGACUCUAUUUCCUUUUUUUUUGCAAAUAAAGUCAACCAAAACGACAAAAAUAGCUGAUGGGUAAAAUUAAGUUUCUGUGGAACUGAUUCUGUUGUAACAUGGACGACCCUCCCCCCCUACAAACGGAACAUUGUGGAUCGCUGGAUUACGUAGUUUAAAUCAGAGAACCAAUCGGAAUUCAAAUAGACCUAUUUAAGUCAGAGGGAGGCGGGCACUAGCGGUUAGGGGCGGAGUUAUACGAGAUGUACGAUGUUUAGAUUUAGCAGGUCAGUUUUUGUAGAUACUUUUUUUUUGAUGGGUGAUCAGCUUCAAUGUGUCCCUUGUAAAUUUUCCCUUUAACUAGAGGAGAAAAAAAAAGAAAAGUAAAAGAAAAUCUCAGUGCAAAUGUUGUUUUCCUUCCUUUCUCUUUUCUAAAUGGAAAGUUUUCAGCGUUAAAGGGCUUAUAGGAGCAUGUCGUGAAAAAAAUACUAAUAAUUAUGUGCCGUUUCAGUUGCGAUAAGAAAAGCCUGCGUAGUUUUGUCUGGUUUUUGUGUUGAGCGUUUAAACCCUUUAAUGAGCUCUGUGGUAAUAGGUGUUUUCUUCUAGCGAGCGAUCUACUUUUAGACCUUCUGAAGAGCGUCUGAACUGACAGUAAUCCAAACGACUAAAAUUCCCAAUUCAGUUUCAUAAUUUCAGUUGAUAUAUGAGAGAUAUGAGAGUGAUGCACGCUUUACUGUGCAAUUCUAAUGCAUUAUAGCCCAUAUAAGCCUUUCCAUUCGUAUGUUGUAUAGCACGGAUGGGAUAAAGCAUUU